AUGGCUGAUCGCCAAUCUCUUUUGGCGAACUUCGCCAGCAGCGCCGUCGCCGUGCUUCUUGCUUUCGCCGUGCUGAGUUCGCGAAGAGCAGAGGCGCAGGGCGAGCCAGACUGGCGAGCGAAAACGGCGUCUGUUCUUCAGCAGGUGUCGCAGCAAGAGUUUCUAUCCUCGUUCGCCGCCAUUUUCAGCGAGUUCUUGCAAGGCGGGCAGCAGCCCAUCACAGCCCCCGCCACGCUGCUCGUCCCCACCAACGUGGGUCACUGGCGCUACCUCUCCCACUGGACCGCCCUCUCCCCCACGCACCAGCGCCGGUUACUGCAUUACCACAUCCUCCCCGGCCGUUACACCGCCCAGCAGCUCCUGGACGCCCCGCCGCUCACCCUCUUCCCCACCUUCAACCACCACCUGCCGCUAAACAAAACGCUUAAGCCAGAAGAAGUGUUCUUCCAGUCGGUUCCGCUGAUGAAAUCUGCAUCACCGCUAAAUAUGCCGGAUGCAGGGCUGACGGAGCACCUGGCUGCGCACGGUGUGACAAGCAAUAGCGACGACGACGAUGAGGGGGAGAAGGAGCAGCCGAUGAUGCCAGAGGCGAAGGAGCGCGCGGGGCAUAGUAAGCCCGCAGCAGCCGAUGAUGGCAGAGGGAAGGGCGCUCGUCGUCCUGCUCCUCCGUCGUCGCCCCGUGCGGCGGUGCGCUACACCAAGUCGGUGCUGUCCAGCACGCUGCAGCUCAUGGGGUGCAAGUCAAGGCACGCCGUCAAGAUCAGCGAGCGGGUCUUCCAGAUUCUGCUGCAGCAACUCACCAGCCGGCGAGUUUCUGGCCAUCGGACGGACGUGGCGCACCGAUCACGCAUGGCAAACGGAUCCGACGGCAUCCAGCGAUUUGCCAGGCCAAACCAAGAAGACCCCGGCGCCGUUCUGGCCACCGGCGCCAGCCAUGAUAAUCACAGCUGCUGUGACAGUAAUGGCCGUGACAAUAACGAGCAGGACGAAAGCAGGGCGGCAGCAGGGGCCGGGUCGAGUGCGGGCGGCGACACAGUGAGGGGCAUGAGCGUGUCUUUGAAGCGCAGCACGUUUCUGGACGUGGUGUGCCGGGCGCUGGCGGAGUAUCGCUACCUCAGCGCCGACCAGCGCAGCGACCUCGCCCUCGCCUGCAACUGCUGUGGCAAGUCCACUCUCGCCUCCAUCCUGGUACGCUAUGCUGCACACCCGCCUUCCCUGCCCUGCCUUCUCCCGUCCUUCCUCUUCCAUCUUUCCCUCCUCUUUCCCUCCGUCUAUGCCUCCUUUGUUACCCUUUUCUCCUCCCUCCUGCGUGCCGCCAUCCAUCCCUCUUCGCCAAUGCCUCUCGGGUCCACCAGCGUCACGGCUGGGCAUCACUCCACGGACUCGCAGCGCCACAGGAUGAGCAGCUUCAGCAGCAGGGAGCAGGCCACUCUCUGCCACAUCUCCUCCUUGCAAACCGUCUUCCUCUCUUGCGUCCUCUCCCUCCCCCCACUGCCCCCCUCCCGCUUUCCUCCCCUCUCCCCUGCAGGCGCGUCUCGGCUGGGCAUCACAACAGUGGUCUCCACGGACUCGCUGCGCCACAUGAUGCGCGGCUUCAGCAGCAGAGAGGAGACCAAGAAACGCUCUGCCAUUCUACCUCCUUGCAUACCAUCUUGCUUUCGCCCCCUCCCCUCACUGCUGUACGCGUCCACGUACCCGCUGCUGUAUGCCUCCACGUACCAGGCAGGCGAACACCUCGACCCCGCCGCUGUUGCCGACACCAAGGCCAGGAAGAAGGCGGGCAAGCUGGCAGGGAAGCACGGCGGCGCACAGGCCGGUGGACAGGGGGACGCGGGCGCACAAGGUGCAGCAGCUCAGAGAGAUUGGCACGGAGGCCGGCAGAUGGGGCAGCUGGCAGGGGAGGUUGUGGGGCAGGUGGGGCGGAGAGAGAUGCAGGGCGGUGUGUGUGUGGGCUCUGGUGAGCGGGGAGGAGAGGAAGGAUUGGGUUCACACGAGGGUGUUUGGCUGGGGGAAGGGCGGGUAGGCGGGGAAGGGAACUGUGGGGGAGGAGCUGUGAUGACAGGGGGAGGUGGGGGUGGGAGGGAGGAGAGGGAGAUGAGAGAGGCGGUUUGGGAUGGUCGGACGAGCGUGACAGGUUUGGACAGGGAGAGGAGUGGGGAAGGAGGUGACGAGGGUAGAAGGAGAGAUGUGGGGAGUGGGAGGGAUGCUGUGAAUGGGAAGGAGCCAAUGAGUGUCGCAUUCGGCAUUUGUGUUCUGUGUUGCACCUGCAUCCCACGUGGUGCGUGUUCCGCACGUGCAUUUACAUCCCACAUGCCGCCCGUGUCCCUCACGUCAUGGCAGAUGGAGCUGCUGAAGCGGCAUCCCACGAUCAUCCCCUUCGUGAUCUACAUCGGCAACGAGGCGAAGCACAUGGAGCGGUUUGCGGUGCGCGCCAAGUACAUGACGCUGGACCCGUGGCGCAACAAGUAUAUGUGCUACCAGCUGCCGCUGCCAGGCCGCUACGUCCUCUCGCUGCACCUCCUCUUCUCCGCCACCUUCCCCCUCCUGCGCUCCAAUGCGCGCACCUCCUUCCUUGGGGGGUUCUCCAACUACACGGUGGUGCAGUCGCAGGCCAUUCAAGCAUCAGCACCGCCCACCUUCUCCCUUUACGCACACAGCGUGCCACGUGGCAACGGGUCCAUCUACCCACCAAUCAACAGCAGCACGGGCGAGCUCAUCUCAACAGGCGUGUGCCAGCAGCCCGACUCCGCCUUCUUCUUCCACGGGGAGAACUUCAACGGCUAUGGCCGUGCUGUGUACAAGGUGAGGGCAGCGGAGGGCAGGCCAGCAGCGGCCUUCAACCUCACGUACGUGUGGCAGUGCGGCGCCAUGAAGCCCGUGUUGCCCGCGUGGAUGAGCGACCCCGCCCUCGUGGGGCCCGCGCUCACCCUCUUUGACUCGCGCCAUGAUGCACGGGGCGCUGCUGGGAGCAGCGAUGCUCGCAGUAACAGCAGUGAUGACAGCAGCAGCACCAGCAGUGGGGAGAGCAAUGAGAGCAGCAGCGGCAGGGAGGGGCCUGGGGGGGAGUAUGACAUGGCGCUGGUGGGCACCACUCUGCACGACCUCAUUCAGCACCCCACCGCCCGCGCCUUUGGUGCUCUGCUGGGUGCCCUCUUCCUGGAAUCCAAUCUGCUGCCACCACUGCGAGCAGCCAUGAGGGAUCCCUCAGCCGUGGCGGUGCUGGGCCCGUGGGCGGCGAGGGAGGACAGCAAGCCGCCCGAGUUCAUCCCUGUCAGCAACAACGCGCGUUCCAUGGCGUUUGAAAACGAGCUAAUCAGGCGGGUGCCCUCCACACAACCCGGUGCGCUCAGUGCACUGGGCAUGAUGGGGCUGACUCUCCCGCGCCCAGACCUGUGUCCCGACAGCACACACUACGCCUGGCCCGUCACCCUCGCCAUCCUUGACCUCUGGCUCACACCGCUCUGCACCGCACACGCCUCACACGGUCCUCAACACUAG